AUGGCCUUGGCACUUCCGGGCCAAGAAGGGGCGCCGAAAUGGUUCUUGGACGACCUCAAAAAGCAGCCCAAGAGUCUCACCAACACCACCUGCGAGUUGCGUGUCAUGGGCACUGACGAGGUCCUCGUAUGUCCCGUCAAGCAGAGCACCACCGUUUUCGAGAUCAAGAUGUUCUUGGCGAUGAAGUUGGGAUGCGAUCCCGGCAUCAUGAGCGUGAUCAUGAAGCAGGGCUGCUCCUGGCGCGCCCAGGCUGAUUCAGAGGAAAUAGCUCGGAAGGUGCACGUCAAGGGCAUCAAGUCCUUCAAGCGUGAAAAGCAUAAGUGGCCCAACCCCAUCGCCAUCAUAGGCACGGGCCACGCGGGACUUCGGCAGGCCAUGUUCUUCAUAAAGCACAAGGAGUUCAACUUUGUCGUCUACGACCGGAAGGCCCUGGUCGGAGGCACGUCCUGGAUCGACCAGGCCAACACCACGUCCAAGCUUCAAACAGAGCUUGGGACGUACCACCUGCAAUACGACGAGGACAACCCCGUGCCCCAGAACAUGAGCACUUGGCCCUCGACGGAGGAGCUGUUGAAGCAUUUCCGGGAGGUCUCCGAGGAGUAUGGAAUCAUGCCGUACUGCAAGAUGUGCACCAACAUCAAGGAGAUCAAGAUCAAGGCCGGCACCAAGUCCGAGCAGGUGGCUGAGAUGUCGCAAAAAGGCAUUUCUUGGGCGACGCAGACCUACACCUUGACCCUGGAACCAACCGAUGGCACAGGAGACGGCCGCGGUGACAACAUCGGCGCCACCGGUGCCCCCUGUGAGGAUGUGGAUCACAGCGCUGUGAUCAUGUAUCCAGGGAACCUCACGAUCCCAAAGCGGUGUGAGCUCACAGGGGAGGACACUUUUGAAGGAGACAUCUCCUAUGCUAUCAUGAAUGACUUUGACUAUAGCAAAGUGAAGGGCAAGCAAGUAGCGAUCCUUGGCCAUGGCGCUUUCGCGGUGGAGAAUCUCCGCACGUGCCUGGAAUAUUCGUGCCGGCAGGCGUACAUGAUCUGCAGGAGAAAGAACCUGGCAUGUCCACGAGUCGUGUCCUGGUUUAUCAACCAGUCGGUGAAUCCAAUCAGCGGCCCGUUGACGAUGAAGUCCUUCCUGCCGAUGUACGACCUCCUGGGCUUCGACCCCUGGGCGUAUCACUCGGUGUACACGAACGAGAAGCGGACAAAUGUGACCAUCAACCAGAAGUCUCGGUUUGGCAUAGGAGACGUUUACUUCGUCGCCAAUGCCAUGGGCAUCUGUGAGGUCGUGGAGGAUGAGAUCAAGCGCAUCAGCCCCCAGCAUGUGCAUAUGCAGAGCGGGCGGAAGUUGGAGGCGCAAGUGAUCCUCAAGCUGUACGGUUUCAACGGGAACUUCGACGUAGAUCGCCUCAUGAAUGUGAAGAGCAUGAUGGGGUUUUGGCCGGAUGAGGACUUCAGGCGCUAUUUGAUCGCCGAGCCCAUCGGCGUGAACGCGACCAACUUUGGAGGCACCAGCUUCUCGCCUGGCGUACGGGUGUGGGUUGAAUUCUCCGCCUACUUCCUGUGGUACCCAAAGGACUUCCCCAACGUUCGGGACUCCGGCCUAAUGCCCACGCAUUCAGCCGACCCUGAGCUUGACCGACCUGCCUACGUGAUCGAUGCCCGCCAUGGCACGCAGACCAUCAUGGGGAUCAAUGGCGCCGUGCCCGCCAUCGCAGAGGCCCAUGCGGGCCUGGGCCUGGUCAAGAGGCAGAAGCAGUUGGAGUGCCACCCAACGCGCAAGUACCUCGAAGAGUGCCGGCUCGAAUGGGAGGAGUAUGGAGAGAAGCUGAAGGAGCUGGGGGCACCGAAGCCGUGCCCACCGUACCCGUACACCCUCAAGAUCGUUGAGGCUUUCAUGAAAGAGAACGAGGAUGACGCACUGGCCAAGAUGAGCAGAUAG